UCAGUUUAUAUGAGUUAAAUUUGUGAAUCAGUUGUGUAUAUUUAUUUACUCUCUCUAGUAUUUUUUUUGGAUCAAAAUAGAGAGAAAUUAAGCAGAAUGGAUACAGAUUUGCUAUUAGAAAAUAUAAUGGAAGACAAUGAAUUUAUGGAUAGGAAUUAUGGCUCAACAACAGCCGGGUCAAGCAGUAAUAAAGAAAGGAAGACAGCAUCUGUUACAUAUUGCUUACACGGAAAACUCGCGAGUGAUUGUUGUGAAUCAGAUUCAUUGAAAUUCAAAACAAUCAAAGACGCUCAUUGCCAUCGUGCUCAUCGUAGAAACCAACGAGUGGAAGGAAUUGAUAAAAAAGCUCGGAAGAAAUUAAUUAUAGCAAGCAUCCUGUGUGUAGUAUUCAUGAUUGUUGAAAUAGUUGGUGGUUUAUUAUCAAAUAGUUUAGCAAUUGCCACGGAUGCAGCGCACUUAUUAGCCGAUUUAGCAAGCUUUAUGAUAUCUCUGCUGGCACUUUACAUAGCAAAUAGAAAGUCUACAAAGAGAAUGUCCUUUGGCUUUCAUCGAGCGGAAGUAAUUGGAGCGCUUACAUCUGUACUAAUGAUAUGGAUAGUUACAGCUGUACUUGUGUAUAUGGCUGUUUUAAGGACAAUUCAUCACGACUUUGAGAUAAAUAGUGUAAUAAUGUUAAUCAGCUCUGGCUUUGGCAUUUUAGUCAAUAUUAUUAUGGGAUGUACAUUACAUGAUCACGGACAUAGCCAUGGAAAUCACAAUCAUAGUCACAGUCAUAGUCAUGAUAAAUCUGAUGAUUUGGAUGCCGAAAUGGGUCACUUACCAGAAAAUCUCAAUGUUCGAGCAGCAUUUAUACAUGUUGUUAGUGACUUUGUUCAAUCGUGUGGCGUUUUCAUAGCAUCCUUGGUUAUAUUCUUUAAGCCAGAAUGGAGCAUUAUUGAUCCAAUUUGUACAUUUUUGUUUUCGGUUCUUGUUCUCUUUACAACAUUGAAUAUCAUGAAGGAUGCCUUAUUGGUUUUAAUGGAAGGCAUACCCGAAUAUUUGGAUUAUACAGAAAUAAUGAGAACAUUCUUGAAUAUUAAUGGCGUUGUACGUGUACAUAACCUCAGAAUUUGGGCAUUAAGUGUUAAUAAGGUUGCUCUCGCAGCUCAUCUUGCAGUUGAUGAAGGAACAAAUACCGAGACGGUUCUACGAGAGGCCACGAUGAAAAUUCAUGCAAAAUAUGAUUUCUUUGAAACAACUUUGCAAAUUGAAGUGUAUGAGAAGGAAAUGGAAGAUUGUAUAAAGUGUACCAAUCCAGAAUAAAAAAUUGCAAAUUAUCUUUUUUGUGUGUAUUCAUAUAUGAAUUUAUGCAGAUAAACUUGUGUAUACUUAUGAGGAUAACAGAAAGAAAA